UGCUUAUUGCUCUGUCCUGUUCUCGUUGCUGACAGGGGAUUUGAUGAAAACAAAUCUACCCUGAAAUAAGUGACUGAAAUUAUAGCGCAGGAGAGCUCAGCUUGGCUGCCGUGUGUGAUGAUCAGCUUUGUAUUGCUGACUCUGGUACUGGGGAUUUUUCAUCAGAGGCCAUGGAGCUUUCGGCCAAUGAGCUCAGCAUUUAUGACAAGCUGUCGGAGACGAUUGAUCUGGUGAGGCAGACUGGCCACCAGUGUGGAAUGUCGGAAAAAGCCAUUGAGAAAUUCAUCAAGCAGCUCUUGGAAAGAAAUGAACCCCAAAGAGAACCUCCGCGGUACCCUAUCUUAGUAGCUCUCUACAAGGGUCUGCUGACACUGGGACUGGUCUUGCUGACUGUUUACUUCGUGAUCCAGCCGUACAGCCCACUGCCGCCUGAAGCUCCGCUCUCCAGAGCCCAUGCCUGGGGCUCCCUCAUCGGUCACAUCCGCCUUCUCUCUCUGCCUAUUGCCAAGAAGUACAUGCUGGAGAAAUGCCAGGACUGGUGGGCAGCAGGUUGCAGACAGAACGCUUCUACACUUCCCACAAACUGCACAGUCUGUUCUGCUGUGAAAAGCCUUCCGAUAGUGACAGACUUCAGAGAACUAUCAGAAAAGCUCCAGAGGUCUCAGCCUUUUCUAGUCAAGACAGGGCAGCAUCUCUCCUAUGAAGAACUGAAGCAUUUUCAGUCCCAGGAUCCAGAUCUAGCAGAGGUUAUAAUAGAAGAAAACUCAGCUGAAGUGUGGAGCUGCCCGUUUUUCUUCCCCUGGAACAAAUCUGUGAAUAAAACUCGGAUUCUGCAGGAAUUCUUCCCGGCUUUCUCUUUGCUAUCCUUCCCCAAGACAGUGUCUUUGGAGAGCUGCUUCCUCAUCCGCCAUCCACAUUUGGGGAAUAAGAGCUACAGUUUGCACAGCCUCUUUGCUGUUGGAAGUGGACAGCUCACCCUAACUGUUGUACCUCUGGACAAGUGCAAAGGACACUGUGAGAUGUUCAAGGUGGAACUCGAAGCUGGAGAUUUAGGUUAUGCCAGUGCAGAUUACUGGACGAUGAGCUUCGUGGCCAAAGGGACAGAGCCAGCGGUUGUUUGUGACGGAGCUGCCAGCUAAGGACAGUGGGGUGGGAAAACAGCUGUUUCCAGGACAAGAAGACUUUCAGCUUUGAAGCCAAGGUGUCUCGAAAGUGAUAGAGCUGGGGCAACUGGGGCCGGCAGCUGUGCCACCCUGCAUGUUUACAGUGUUUAAAAAUGACUGUUUUCUGACCCUUGAGGUAAUUCUUUGCCUUUCCUCAAAUGUAUUUUGGGAGAAGCGCAAGCUAUUUAUGACCUUCCCUGUCCCCUCAGGUAAGCCCCAGGUUUUGCAGCAAAGGAUUUUUUUCUUUCCAGGAGCAACAGAGGGAUUUCUCAGGAUGAGAUUCACUUUGUGUCCUUUGUGGAUUAUAGCACUUGUGAAACGCCCUGGGGGGGGGGGUUGGGAGUGGAGGGGUGCUGUGGCAUUUCUGUGUACAUUCCUCCUGAGGAGGAGGCGUUGAGCCUGUCUUGUCAGGCCAGUUCUAUAAAGGGAAUGAAUUGGUGAUGUGUCCCACUCCACCCCAUCUCUCCAUCACGUACAUAGCCGUGUGCCUCGUAGCGUGCCUCGCAAAGCUGAUCGCAGCUCCGCGCUCCAGGGCUGAGAUGAGCCUUGCAGCCUCAGGGCAGAGACUCUUACCCACUGCGUCCAUCUUGUACCAAAACAAUCUAUUCGGGCCUCUUCUUUGUCUCUUGUGAUCACUCUUCUGCCGUUCUCUAUUAGCAGGUUGUGAGUCAAAUCUUAACUGUGCUUUUUUUAUUUCCUCCACCUCCUUUACUACAAAAACACCGGUGUGAGUUUUAAUGGUGAUGGUGCUGAGAGUACAGGAGUUCUGGCUGGAGAUGGAGCUGCGCGCAGAGCUCUGCCCAGGUUUCACCUGAUUGUGCACCUGAGACACCAGAGCUGCACAACUGUUUUCUUAAACUCCUUUCUUUGAGAGGUGCUGCCCUGCGUUUCCUGCCCGGGUACCUUUGGGAGCACCUGAAAGCUUCCUCAUCCCUGGCAUUUUUUUGCAUCAACUCCUUCCAGAUCUGGAACUCUGUCUUCGGGAUGAAUGUUGGUUUUUCCUGGGUCCUAUCCAAGCUGCCUUCGCAUGCUUCCUGUUGCUUGAGCACUGCUUUAUCCAAUGCCCUGAGAGAGGCUCAGUUUCAGUGUUUGCAGGCUGCGGAUGCUGCGGUCCCUUCCAAGUCUGAUCCUUUGGGUCUGAUCCUGCUGUUGAAGAUCAUUUACAGAUGUGUUAGGCUGAACUCAUGGGCCAGGGCUGUGGUUCAGGACGUACUCUCACAGUUGUUAAUAUGGAAUUGGGAGGGGGUUUGUUUGAAAGUUGACUCUGUUCUCAGGAGUGAGAACCUUUUCCUCUCUAAAUAGUUGUGGUUCGUGUAAAAUGACAGUUUGGAAGAAUGUCUAUCUAGCCUUUGUUUUUGAGCAAGACCAGGGGAAGGGGAGCAGAUAUCUUACUAAUCUUAUUAGGGUCUGACAAAAGCUGUCAAGUGGGGUGACCACAUCUGGCUCCCAUACAAGGAUAAGGCGGAGGACAGUUCCUGCUCCACAGAAUAUAGUCUGAGGCCUUGACCCUACGAACAUUUCUAUGCAUAACCCUUGUUUUUCUCCUGUAAAUGAAAUAAGAACAAUCCCAGCGUCAUUCUAUGUGCGUGGCCCUCGACACUGCACAAACACACACCAGAUCCAGGAAAACUGUGGGGAAGAGCCUGACUUUCUCAGGACAGAAAAGGACUCGCUUAAUUUGUAGCAAAGUAUUAAAGGGAAUUGGAUUAACAGGACUUCUGUUAGUAUUGUUAAUGCCUGGGGUGUCUUUUACGCUUAUGACGCUACAUGCAAUCUUGUUCAUGCCAAGACACACACACACUACCCCGCUCUUUCCUCUUAGUUCAUGGAAAUUUGGGAGUUUGGUGAUGGCAGAAUUAGGGCCUUGUUAGUGACUGUUGCUGUUUACGCUUUGGCAGCCUCUAAAGUCAAAGCUGACGAGGUUACUUCACCUCUUACUGGUUUUGCACCUGAUCUGUUUCUGUAAAGCAUUUGGUCAGAGAAGCACAGGGAGAGAACCUUCUGGACCCAUCAUCGCUGGGGUUGCGGGUGGUUCAGUGAUGCUGAUUUUUCUAAGUGUCCUUGAAUGUAACUUGUAAAAGAGCUGCGGAGACAAUUCUCGAGCGUCUGUGAAAUGCUUUUAUUUUGUGAGCUGUGCCGAAGCCAUUGGGGCUGUCUGGCUCCCUUGGGAAGAGGCAGAGAAAAUGGAUCUGUUUACAGUUCCUGUUUAGAUUGGGGGGAGGAAAGGAGAAGCUCGGAGGCAGGUUUGUGCCUGUUUAGCAAAAGCGCUCUCACGCUUUGCUUCUCCAUUCUGCAAAGGCUUGCAGCUGGUUGCACAGAAGAUGGUGAAUCUGGACUGUUUGCAGAUCAGCUUUCCAAGUGCACUUUAUAGUCUCUGCAUAAGUUUCCAGAUCUGUGUCUAGGCGAUACAUUGCAUAUGUCCCAACCUCGCUCCCUUUGGAGUUUACAUCAUUUGUUUUUAAACUUCCAGUAUAUUUUCUCUUCCUCAUCCAAAAGCUGUAAGGAAUUAGCUGCUAAACUAAAACAGGAGGGCAAUUCUCCUGCUGAUAAAGAGCCAAUUUUGGCCCUCACUGCUGUUGAGUGCAGAUCCCCAGUCUGUAGCACGGCUUCUAGAGCAGCUCCUGUCUUCAGCUGCCAGAGAAGCAGUGCUAACACCUUCUGCAUCUCAGCACAGGAAAGGAGCUGGGAUGGAAAACUCAGAGGUGAAGCCAAAGUGGCAAAAUUAGGAUGGCCAAGAGGAGGUGUUGACACUUUGGCCAAAUGGCUGCAAGCAAACCCUGGUGAUCUUCCUCAUCGGGAGCUCCAGCUUCGCAGAGCCUUUGCAAGGGCUGCAGGAGGUUGUGACUUCCCUAGAGAGCCUGGCAGCUCCCAGUUAUCUGCUGAGGCUGAACUGGGGGGAACGGGGCUGUUUUCUCAGCAAGGGAGGAGGCAUUGUGGUGACAGACCUGAUAGGAUGAGUUGCAGAGGGUGUGUAUCCUAUCGUGGUCUCCCUCCCCUCUAGCUUGACUUUGGCACUUGUGCGUAUCUAAGCAUACGCACUGGCUUGGACAAUCCCCCGCCGCCCCACCUUGGCCGGCUCGGAGGAGCUUCGAGUCAUUUUGUGUGCUUCCAAGCUCUUUCCCUGUGAGCUGAGAGGCGGACUCCGACUCGCCCGACAUCCCAGAGGCUGCAAAGCUGCUCUGCAGUCACAACAGUACAUUGGUACUGCCUGAAAGCCCAGCGGGCAGAGGCGCAAAGGGGUCGUUUCUCUCCUUAUCAGGCCAGAACGAUGGGCUGUCACCUAUCAGCCGGGCGGGGGGAUUGUGGUUUAACGCUGGUUUCCAAAAGCAGAGGUCAUUGACCGUUGCUCUCAGUCAGUCCUGAACUCAGGGUAACUGUAAGGAGGAGAAAGGAGCUUUGUUCCUUACUUCAGUACCAGGAAAUCAGCAUCCCCCGCGGGAGCUAAGCUGCUGGUUUGUAUUAAUUCCUUUUCUCUUUUUCCUCCCCACUGG